UCCAGCGCUGUCCAGCAGACCCUCCCGUCCGUCGCCGCCCGAGGCUGGCGCCGCGCGCGCGCGCCCGGCCGGCGUGUGCAGCCAUGCGGGUCCUCGCUCCUACAGGUCUGGAGAACGGUUGAGCUACGGGCGAGCAGAACAACCGACGCCCGGCCUUUGAAAACAUUACACUCGUGGCAUCGGCCGACAUGGCCGCGGGCCCCCCUCUGCUUGCAGUACUGCACAGCCAGGGUGAACCAAGUCAGCAGGCACAGCUGGCGAUAGUUACAGUUGGCGAAACAAGGUGAAACGCCCUCCAUGGACCAGGUCGAUGCGGCCGUUUGGAACCCUCGGAUUAAGGCAGCCGUUGGAGCGCUCGGAAGGCGGCCAGGAAGGUCAAACGUUUGGCAUGCGGCAUCCACGCGCUGCGCCAGUGACGAAGGCAGCGGCGAAAACUGGAGAGGUGGGCCGUAGGGGAACAGCGGCGGGCGUGGAACGGAGAGCGGAGGAGGCAGAGCAGUGCGAGCAGCGGGAGUCCAGACGAAGAGGGCAGCAGGCUGCGAGGAGUGCGCUAGCUCUCGGGGAGGCCCUCGGCCAAACGCCAAGCCAGCCGCCAAGCACGGAGACCGAAGGGUGAUACAAGUUACGCGCGGGAGCCCAGGGGGGGCGGGGAGCGAAGCUUGAAAAUUCUGAUGCCCGAAAUGGGUACGUGCUGGUUGCGUGCAAGCCGAC